CUCUAAAUUUUGGCUAAGACGCUAAACAACGUAAAAGAGAGAAUGAAAAUUUCACUUAAACUUGCGCCAAAAUAACUUGCAAGCUUAAAAACUUCGAAUUCAUAGUUGGACACAUUAUGCAUUAUUUACGAAUCGUGUAGCAGUGAACAUAUAUCAAGAAAAGAGUAAUUAUAACAAAUAGAAGCACAACGCGGCAAGGCGUGCGAAAAAUAGUUCACCUAGAAGUAGGUGGAGGAGGUGGUGAACUUUGAAGGGAAUUGCUAGCAGCCCAACGUAAACACCUCGUUGAAAUGUACAGCCACUAGUAAUACUGUAUAAAAGUGGCGUUGGUUUCGGAUUACUCGAAUUACGAACGGUAUUUACAAAAUAUGCAGCAAGUGGACGAUCCGCCAUCGCUGCCCGUGGGCACCGAGGUGAGCGCCAAGUACAAAGGAGCCUUCUGCGAGGCCAAAGUCAGUAAAGUGGUUCGUAACAUCAAAGUGAAGGUCGCCUAUAAACAGGGUCUCGGCUCGGGCAUUGUAUCAGACGAUGCCAUCAAGGCGCCACCUGGACAGCUGCGUGUCGGCGCCGUUGUCGAAGUGCGUCAUCCAGAUCGCAAGGAGAAUGUGGAGGCGACCAUAACUAAAAUCCAGGAUUGUUCACAAUAUACGGUCGUCUUUGAUGACGGCGAUAUCACAACGUUGCGUCGCACUGCGCUCUGUCUGAAGAGCGGCAGGCAUUUCAAUGAGAGCGAAACAUUGGAUCAGCUGCCGCUAACACAUCCCGAGCACUUCGGCAAUCCGGUUGUGGGCGGUCGUCGGGGUCGUCGUCGUGGCCAAUUGAACGAUGGCAGCUCCGACGAUGAUGACGAAAGCGAUGCAAAGGAAGUGGUCAACGAGAAGGAGGAGCACAUUGGCAAAGUGGUGUGCGUGGAGACCGAGUCCAAGAAGAAGGACAAAGAGAAAUGGUUUCCCGCCCUUGUCGUGGCGCCCACAGCGCAGGUCAGCAAACAGGCUACUGUGCGGAUACGCGUCAAGGACGAGUAUCUCGUGCGGUCCUUCAAGGAUGGCCGCUACUACACAGUGCCCAAGAAGGAAGCGAACGAAUUCACACGUGAAAUGGCCAGCAAACAGGACGUGCCCGCUGUUAAGGCAGCUUUCGAAUUCCUCGACAGCAGCAAAUUGCCAGCCCACUGGGAUCGCGACUCGCUAUUCGGCCUAUCCAAUCUGACUAGCGACGAUGAAGGCGAAAUCGAUUCGGACUCGUCGGACGACGAGCCACACGAGGAGAAGGAUCGCUUCGUUGCCCAGCUAUACAAGUAUAUGGACGAUCGGGGCACACCAUUGAACAAGGUGCCAUCGAUACAGAGCCGCGACGUGGAUCUGUACCGUCUGUUUCGGGCGGUGCAGAAGCGGGGCGGCUACAAUCGCGUCACCGCCAAAAAUCAAUGGAAAGUAAUUGCCAUGCGGCUGGGCUUCACGCCCUGCACCCUAAGCGUCAUGAAUCUGGUGAAGCAGGCCUAUAAGAAAUUUCUACAGCCCUAUGGGGACUUUCAUCGCAAGCUUGGCUGCUCCCUGCUGAUGACGUCUCGCGCCUCGAAUCGCAGCAAGGGACGCAGUCUGGUGCGUGCCAAUUCGGUGGCCUCACCCAAGCCGGUGGAGACCACGAAGAUAGAAACGAUUAGCAAACUGGCGAUGCCCAAUCAGACCACGGUGGCCGCCAGUGGCGCCUCCUCCACUGCCGCUACAUCUGCAGCUGGCAGCAGUGCAGCAGCUGCAACGCCUGUUCGCGCCGCCUCGACGGCCUCACAGUCGGCCACUGAGGAAUCGGAGAACACCAGCGAGUCCAGCGUGGCCGUGGAGCCGGUCAAAAAACAACGCAAAGCAUCCGCCGCCAACAGUGGCAAGGUCAAGAGUCUUGUUGAGAAAUACGAGGAGAAAUCAUCGUCUGUAUCCAGCAUUGGCCCAGUCGCAACAGCAGCGCUCAACACGAGCAAUGUGAGCAGCGCUGCGACAGCUGCAGCUGGAGCAGCAUCAACAGCAGCCGGAGCAGGAGCAGCAGCAGCAGCAGCAGCAACAACAUCAGCUGCUUCGUCCGCCGCAGCAACAGCAGCAGCUGCUGCCAGUGUCAAGGCCGAGGCUGAGGCGGAUAUGCCGCUGGCCAAGAUCAAGGCCUCGUCCGUAUCGACGCGCAACAGCAUGGACAAGGAGCCCAGCGCUGGCGGCAGCAAUGCAUCCAGCAAGGCCACCUCGGAGACCCAACGCAGUCGCGAUGCAUCGCCAACAACGGGUAAGUGCAAGAGACCUUAACUUAGUCUU